AGUCGCAUCAUCGUCAGAAGCCACGCUGCGUAUACGCUUCACAAAAUUGAAUACAAUGGGCAGAUGCUUCAUCCAAAUCGUUAUGGGACCGGCCGGGUCCGGGAAAUCGACCUACUGCCAAGCCAUGCAAUACCACGCGAGCACCCUGGGGGGAGCCCGGAAGCGAACGAUUCACGUGGCAAAUCUAGACCCCGCAGCUGAAGAUUUUGGCUAUCAACUCGCAUUCGAUAUUCGCGAUCUGAUUUCCGUGGAGGAAGUGAUGGAAGAACUGGACCUUGGACCCAAUGGUGGUCUGGUCUACUGCAUGGAAUAUUUGCUCAGCAACCUCGACUGGCUCCAGGACCACCUUGAUUCCUUCGACGAUGACGAGUACCUGAUUCUGGAUUGUCCCGGCCAGCUCGAAUUGUACACACAUAUACCACUAAUGAGGAACCUAAUCGAUCGGAUGCGGAUGUGGGGUUAUGCCCAUACCAUGGCGGCCGUAUUUUUGCUGGACGCCACCUUUGUAGGCGACACGUCCAAGUUUUUGUCGGGGUCGCUGCUGAGUUUGUCAGCAAUGAUCGCACUAGAACUCCCACAUACAAACGUGUUGACCAAGUGUGACCUGCUUACCGACGAGGAGGUUGAAGAUAUACUGGACCACGGAAGCGCAACCCAGAUGUGGGACCGAGAACAAGACCGACAGUCUCUGAUCAUGCCGACGCCCUUCAGCGUAACCGCAGCAAGCAGCAACCAGGGCGAUGAGGUUACAGAAGAGCAGAGGAGGCUGGAACGCAGGCGACGGCACCGGCAGCGGUUGACGGAUUCUAUCAGCCAGUUGCUGGACGACUAUUCCAUGAUCAGCUUCAUCCCGCUGAACAUCCGGGACGAAGAGAGCAUCGACGCAUUGCUGACGUGUGUAGAUGGCAGCAUUCAGUAUGGGGAAGAUUUAGAGGUUCGCGAAUAUGACGGUCCCGAGGCAAACGAUGACACGUGAGCGCUACUUUAAGAAGGAUGAAAUUUUAGUUGACUGACCAAAGGCCAGUGUGGAAUCAGUGGCAAUUCUCACCACUGGUAUGUUCCUUGGGUUGAGGGAAGUGCUGUGUAAUUCUUUUCAUCCGAUCACCAAGAGGCAGGAUGGAAACACCACGUUGGGAAAGGAAAAAGGAAAAUUUUUCGAUAGUAGUACUUAAUUCUAUUCGUCUCGGUAGUAGUAGACAUUGGUUUUGUAUUCUAGUAGUAGUUCCACUGAUUGAGGAGACUAGUUUCACAUGUAGAUACUAGUGAAUUAGUAAUCCAGCCAAAAUUACGUGCAAGGAUGUUAUCCAGCAAUUGGAAUCGCAAGGAAAGUGGCAUUACUAAUGAGGUCAGAUUAGUAGUAAUGUUUUCAUUAUGUUACCACUAGGGUUGGUUGAAAUUGGAAAAAAAUAGCUACUUGAAUGUGAAAUUGCUGGUGUUCAUACAUGAUGGGAUUGAGAUGUUUUAAGCAACAUCAGAUCCACCAUGGUGAAAGGCACAUGUUUUGAAAAUUAAAUUUAGAGGGAAAGUUGUGGUAGCAAGCCUAAAAUUUCAGUUCAAACUGGAAUUGCCAAUGACCAAUAAAUUGUAUGGUUUACUAGUGAUUCUUCCAAAACACCAGACCACCAUUCUUUCAAAACCAAGUACAAUUGUUAUAUGUCUUUUGCAGGCUAGCUACUACUAGCGGUAGUAAGAAGAAAGAAACUUUGUUUAAUUGUUGCUUGAUUGAGUUUUUAACUGGAAGUAGCUGUUUGAUGGUGCUACUGCAGAUUGUGCAUGAUUUAUUCACCAAGGAAAAAAGGAAAAAAUUAGAGCACAUAUCACUGAAGAAUUUGUUAGUGCUACAAAAUGCAGUAUUCCCUUAAAAAUAUCACUGUGAGGAGUUGUUCCAAUUGAAAACAAUUCAUAACAUUUUAUGUCAAAUUUCAAUCAGCAAUGCACUAUCCUCCUCAAUGUGAACCCAAUCCUAAUAAUUUCAAUGAGUUGAAAUCUAGGAGUAAAUAAAUGACACACAAACAAUAAUAAUAAGGUGGUGGGUGUUGACAAUUUUAGGGCAAUGACAGACAAUAAAAACACAUAAGGAGU